ACUCUCCUCUCUGCUCCUGGUGCAUCUUCCUCCUGCUCCUGAUCAUCAUGUCUUCUUCGCUGCUGGAGGCGUCGGGCUUCUUCCUGGCGACCCUGGGCUGGGGGAUGCUGGCCAUCACCCUCUUCAACAGCUACUGGAGGGUCUCCACCGUCUCCGGGAACGUCAUCACCACCUCCACCCUCUUCGAGAACCUCUGGCAGAGCUGCGCCACCGACUCCACUGGGGUCUACAACUGCUGGGAGUUCCAGUCCUUGCUCGAGCUGCCUGCCUACCUGCAAGCCUCCCGGGCGCUCAUGAUCACUGCGUUGGUGCUGGGCUUCUUAGGAAUUCUCUGUGCCAUGCUGGGGCUGCAAUGCACCAAAGUGGCAGAAGGCAACCCUAAUGUCAAGGCAAAGAUGGCUGUUCUUGGGGGAUGUAUGUUCAUUUUGGCUGGUAUCUGUGGUAUGGUGACUAUCUCCUGGUAUGCUUUCAAUAUCACCCGUGAUUUUUUUAACCCGCUCUUUGCUGGCACAAAGUAUGAAAUUGGGCCUGCUCUGUACUUGGGCUGGAGUGCAUCGCUGCUGGUGAUAAUUGGUGGCAGUUGUCUGUUCAGUUCAUGUCGGAAGCAGUUAUCACAGGACAAGAGUUACACGUAUCCAUACAAGGCUUCCAAGAAUGCAAUGUCAGCUCCUGCAGCUUCGGUCCCCCGUCCUCGCAUAGAGUCUAAUGCCAGCAGUGGUGGAAAGUAUGGCAAGAACGCUUACGUCUGAGCCCGCGUGGGAGACAGGGGGAUAUGGUCCCCUGGAAAGACGUUAUCAGGGUACUUCUCUGGCACCCUGGAACCUGAAGGAGUUUGCUUUGGAAACAGAGAUGGCAAGGGACGAAGGAAAUCGCUGUCCUAUCUCUAGCUCAGGUCUUCGGACUUGAACUCACAAUGAUGCUAGGAACUGGACGAAGGCUCUGUUGAGUUUGACCCUAUCAUGCUGCCUUGUAUGUGGUUAUUUAUUGCCGAGGAAAACUGUCUUGUGUAUCACAAUUUUGUCCACUUUUCCCUCUGGUUGGAUGAAAUUAUCUUGCAGGGUUUUGGUAGCUCUGUGAUCAGUAGAUGGUAUUGAAAAGGAAAUGUACUGGGACUCCAUCAAAUCACAUCUUUUCCCUGAAGCAGCUCCUUCUUCACUUACUUGCAGAGGUUUUCAGAUCAAGUAAAGGACCCUUUCAGCUAAUGCAAAGAACUGGACUGAUACUUCCUUCCUAUAUUCCAGAGCUGUGAACUAGCAUUGAUCCAAGUGGUUGGGGUACCUAGCCACAAAUUUGCUUGUAUAUAUUUAAAUGACUAUUUUCCUAA